AUGGUGGAGACAUUGGAAGCAGCUGACCUCUGUAUCCCUCCUCUGAACACCUCCUGUGUGUCGAUGUCUGUUACUCCCCAGACUAUGCUAAUCAAAACACUGCUGUGCUGCAUCACUCUGCUCACGGUGCUGCUCAACUUAUUGGUCAUCAUCUCCAUCUCCCACUUCAGACAACUCCACACUCCCACCAAUGUCAUCCUCCUCUCCCUGGCUGUGUCUGACUUGAUUAUGGGUCUUGAAGUGAUGCCAAAUGCAAUUCACAGUUGGAGGUCUUGUUGUUUUAUUAGUAAAAUCACAUGUGUUUUUAUAUACCUGAUAGGCUUCACCAUCAACUCUGCCUCUGUUGGGAACAUGGUUCUCAUAUCAGUGGACCGUUAUGUGGCUAUUUGUGACCCUCUGCGCUAUUCUCCCAUGGUAACACUAAGCAGAGUUAAAGUUGGUGUGUCUCUGUGUUGGUGCUCCUCUGUUGUUUACAACGUCAUAAUAUUGAAAGAUUACUUUUCACAAAUAGAUUUAUCUAAUUCCUGCUAUCAAGAGUGUGCUGUUAUCAUAAGCUACACUUCAGGGGCAGUAGACUUGGUUCUGACUUUUUUUGGCCCUGUUACUGUGAUCAUAGUUCUCUAUACGAGAGUGUUUGUGGUGGCUGUGUCACAGGCACGUGUCAUGCGGUCUCAAAUUUCAACUGUCAAAUCAAAUACUGUGACUGUUAAGAAAUCUGAGUUGAGGGCCGCUCGAACUCUUGGUAUUACCAUUGUUGUGUUUGUACUUUGUCUCUGUCCAUAUUACAUUCCCUCUAUAACAGGACAGGAAACAAUAGGUGGUGUUUCAUCAGCUCAACUUUUUUUGUUUUAUUGUAACUCCACUUUUAAUCCUCUGAUCUAUGCCCUUUUCUACCCCUGGUUUAGAAAAGCAGUUAAAGUUAUUGUCAGUCUUCAGAUACUGCAGCCAGGUUCCUGUAAGGCCAAGGUCAUGUAGAGAUGAGAGAUAUAUUGUAACGAAACAGAAACUAACAAUGUAUUUUUGUGUCAGUCAUACAUACUCUAACUUUUGGGAAUUAGUUUUAUUGUUUUACUCUAAUUUAUGAGCCAGGGAUAUUAAUUAUUUGCCAAUUUCAUGUCCAUAAUCAGUACUGGGGCUUUUUCUAUAUAUUUGAGUAUUUUCUGUUAUUUUUUAUUUUCCUUGUCCAGUUGAAGUAUAAUGUAAAAUGUAUCACUUUUUAGUGUUCUUAGCCUUUAUAUAUAGUAGACUCUGUUCUAUCCAUUUUGUGUCUGGAUUUAAAUCUCAGCUAUGAA